AUGGCUUCCGAAGAAGGCGCGUCCGCAGCCGCGCCGCCCCCACCGCCGUCCACCACUCCCGAUGUCAUGAACGACCCUCAGUUCGAUCCUGAGCCCGCUUCCUCCGACAAGACGGCAGACGACCCGGAUACUUGCAGGAUAUGCCGCGGCGAGGGGACCAAGGAGGAGCCACUGUUCUACCCGUGCAAGUGCAGCGGAAGCAUCAAAUUCGUCCAUCAGGACUGUUUGAUGGAAUGGCUGUCGCACUCGCAGAAGAAGCACUGCGAGCUCUGCAAGACUCCCUUCCGCUUCACCAAGCUCUACCACCCGCAAAUGCCCAGCAGCCUGCCCACCACCGUCUUUGUCCGCAGGGCCGUUGUCCACGUACUAAAACAUCUAAUGACAUGGUGUCGCGGCCUCCUCGUCGGGUCCGUCUGGUUGCUGUGGCUGCCGUGGUGCAUGCGCGUGAUAUGGCGUGCGCUGUUCUGGUGUGGUGACGGAGGCUUCGCCGGCGACUUGCACCGUGUAUCCAACUACCACCGUCGCUUCGCAGCAUCUACCGCCGCUGCCCCAACCAGUGCCGCUGGCGCAAGCGCGACAUCGUCCGCGAACCCCACCGGCCUUGCCGUCACUCUGGCUCCCUUCUCUCACUCUCUUCUGAAUAUGAGCGCCGGCGAGCCGACUGCUUACGUCUUAAUCAAAAAGUUUCUCCUUGGCCUGGGCCCAUUCCCUGAUAUCUUCAAUGCUUCCUUUACGAACUCGACCGAUAAUGCCACCUUUACUCAUACCAUUCCGAUCAGGCAGGCUACGCUCCUGUCAGACGUCUCCUUCCUCAGGUCCAUAACAUCUCAUCCCUCAGUCAACCGGCUGAUUCUCGACAUCAUCGAGGGCCAGAUAAUCACCGUCCUAGUUGUCAUCGCUUUCAUUCUUAUCUUCCUCAUCCGUGAGUGGGUGGUACAGCAGCAACCCGUUAUAAAUGUGGCAGCUAUGCAGGCACUCAACAAUCCCCCGCCUCACCCCCAACAACCACAUCAGGAUGCUGGAGAAGAUGCCGAGGGAGAACAGGAAGGGCAAAACGAGCAGGACGCAGACGAUAGCACUGGAGAUGAUGAUCGCUUUAGCGAUGUCUCAGACGAAUCGCUGGAGCGAUUUGCUGAACUCGAAGCCUCCGCCCACGAUGAUACUGUCGAACUCGGCACCGAACCGCCGGAAAUCGUACGAAAGAACCUCGGUCCCAUCCCCGAUGCAGACAUCCGUGAGGCAAUCAGACGGCAGCAAUUUGACAAAGUUGCAGCGCUUAUUGCCCAGCAUGACCCACUGGGCAGGAGAAUCCUUAGAAAAGAAUUAUUCGAUUGGAUUGAGAUGGUCAGCGACAAGGUCAGAGAAGGUCCACGGGAAACGGCAUUGGAGAAAUGGCUCGAGUUGCGCGAUUGGGCGAAGGAUUUUGAGGGCGUCAUCGUUCCGGCAGCAGCCCUAAAUGGUACUUCCAGACCAGUCCUCUUCGAGCCGGAUGGGUUCGAGUUAGCCAUCGCCGCAAACAAACGCUCUGGAAGCUCCGAUGUCAUUCCUCCCACAAUCGAGAGUGAAGAUGACACAACCGGCCUUACUGAGAGCUCGAGUCAACAAAGACCAACAAUGCCCGAGCGAGGACAAUCAUUCCUGGCAACGGAGAUACAACGCGAUCUGGAAGAAGCGACGCGGAGUUUCGCUUCGUUACCAGAGGCGCCUGAAGAGCAGGUUGCAGAUGCGGAAGGGGAACGCCAGAGCAACAGGAGCGAAGGAAGCUGGCAGCAAAUCAACGAGUCGGAUGUUGAAGGCAAAGAUCACCUCACCCCGGAAACCACGGAAGCAGAGGCUUCUAGCCAACCAGAGUCUCAGAUUGACAAUGGCGAGGGUUCCAGUUCCGCAGGAGCUCGGACAUCGGACCAGUCAACAGCAUCAUUCGCCUCUUUAGCUCCAGCACCAACCGAGCAAACAAUCGUACCUGAUCGUACCCCUAGUCAGGACAAUUCCACCGGUGCAGAGGUGCAACCUCGUCCCAACCAACCAGUUGCAGACGCAAGUCUCUGGGAACGUGUAUAUGAUUGGUUGUGGGGCGACAUUGCUCUUACGGACGAGGAUGGGGUCCCCGGCGCAAACGAGGAACACGUGGUUCAGAACUUGGCGGAUGAACCCCCCUUUGUCCAGCGCGAUGCAAUUCUAGGCGACGCUUUCGACGAUGAGGAUGCCGCUCGUGAUCCUGAAGUUGCUGCUGCUGCCGCUCAAGCAGGUAUCGACGUUAUGGAUCAAGAUGCAGUUGAGGAUGCUGAAGACCUUGAGGGUAUCAUGGAACUCAUCGGCAUGCAAGGGCCCUUGGUAGGACUGUUCCAGAACGCACUCUUCAGCGCCGUUCUUAUAUCCGCAACUGUUGCCGUUGCCGUCUGGAUCCCCUAUCUCUGGGGCAAGGUCGUUCUUCUCUCGCUGGGCAGGCCAGUUUGGUUGUUCCUGAAGCUACCUCUUCGCGUACUGUCAGCGACGGCGGAUCUCAUCGUAGAUUCGGUGCUCUUUGCUGGCGCGGCGGCCCUUUACUGGUCAAUUUUCGUUCUUCGGCUUCUGGUGCCCUUCAUUGGUUCCCACAAGUCUUUCGACUCAGCUGCCUCAUCUACGCGUACAGUCGCUGAAUCCGCCAUCGAGCGCGUAUCAAAAGUGUUCACGAUUGCCGGCACGAGCAUGAACUCGGACUAUCUGCAUCUAUCCAUUAGCUCCCAUGCUGCGCUCCGGUCACUGCAGCGCAGCUUCGGCGAAUGGUCAUACUCCAUCUGGACCGGGUUCACUGAGGUUCACAGCAAGAUUACAAACAUGGAAUCCUUCUCUGUGUUUUCUGCACUUGGGCGUUUCAUUGACUCGGGCAUUUCACUAGGGGCUGCUGUGGUCAACAGCGUCCGCGCAUCCUUACCAGCCAUUUCAAUGACCAACGGCCUUUCUCUGAAACUCGACACCGGGAACAGCACCGUCUCAGCCAUAGAUUCGAAUUUCGAGUAUUGGACGCCUAGUGAUCGCAUCAUCGCGAUCUUAGCAGGUUACACGUUCUUCGCGAUAGCCGGCGCGCUGUAUCUGAAGAGGGGUACCCCUUUCACUACAUCACAGAAUGGCCGAAGAGUGGAAGGCAUCAUCUCAGAGGUGUUGCAGCAAGCCGGCGGCGUCCUCAAAGUAAUCUUGAUAAUCAGCAUCGAGAUGAUCGCAUUCCCUCUUUAUUGUGGCAUUCUCCUCGAUGGCGCCUUGCUACCUCUGUUUGAGGAUGCAACAGUCUUCUCUCGGAUUGAGUAUGCUCGAACUUCUCCUUGGACCGCAGGAUUCGUCCAUUGGUUCGUUGGCACCUGCUACAUGUUCCAUUUCGCUCUGUUCGUGUCCAUGUGCAGGAAGAUCAUGCGAACCGGUGUUCUCUACUUCAUCCGAGACCCAGAUGAUCCAACUUUCCACCCCGUCCGCGACGUGCUUGAACGGAGCGUCACUGGCCAAUUGCGCAAGAUCGCCUUCAGCGCCUUUGUGUAUGGUGCGUUGGUCAUCUGCUGCUUGGGUGGAGUGGUUUGGAGUCUAUACUACGGAUUCACCGGCGUACUCCCGAUCCAUUGGGCGACGAACGAUCCGUCAAUGGAAUUUCCACUGGACUUGCUCUUUUUCAAUUUCCUCACGCCACUGGUCAUCAAGCUGUUCAAGCCCAGCGAUGGCCUUCACGAGAUGUACCGGUGGUGGUUCCGCAAGUGUGCGCGGGCCCUUAGGCUUUCCGACUUCCUCUUUGGAGAGAAGGAGCCGGAUGAACGUGGUCGACACGUCAGGCGUACUUGGUCAGCCUGGCUCCAGCGGAAGAGGGGCAACGUUGACAAGCCUGUGAUUGGCCGCGAUCGUCAAACACUGGCAGAAGAUCGGAACACUGAGGUGUACUUCCUUUUCGAUGGGAAGUAUGUUCGUGCGCCAGCCUCAGACCAGGUCCGCAUCCGCAGGGGUCAGUCUGUGUUCGUUGACGUCGAUGUAUUCGACCAUCGUACGGACGGAAGGCCUGAAGAUGACCCAGUCCACGGAAAAGACUCUGGCUUGACCCAGACGGUGUACAUCCCGCCACUUUUCCGCUUCCGUAUUUGCCUCUUCGUUGUCGCCAUCUGGCUCUUCGCUGCAGCUACUGGCGUUGGCGUCACCGUGAUACCCCUGCUCUUCGGCCGCCGUCUCUUUUCCAGCCUCAUGCCCGAAGGUUCCCACAUCAACGACAUCUACGCAUUCUCCGUCGGCGUCUACGUCCUCGGCGCCGCCGCCUACGGCAUCUUCCACCUGCGCAACAUCUUCAGUCUCGCCGCCGACUCGGUCCGCCACCCCUUCAACACGACCUACUCCACCUUCUCCACCCUCGGCCAGUACGCCGCGCAGACGGCGUCCGUCAUCUACGUCUACAGCGCGCUGAUCCUGCUCCUCCCCGUCCUCUUCGCCAUCUUCCUCGAAUUCUACAUCCUCAUCCCGCUGCACGCCUACCUCGGCCCCGGCGAGACGCACGUCAUCCACAUCAUCCAAGACUGGACGCUCGGCUUCCUCUACGCGCGCAUCGCCGCGCGCGUCCUGCUCUGGAACCCGCGCUCGCUCAUCUCGCGCGCCCUCCACGCCGUCGUCCGCGAGGGGUACCUCCGCCCCAACGCCCGCCUCGCCACCCGCGCCUUCGUCCUCCCCGUCGCCGCCUUCUUCGCCGCCACCCUCGCCCUCCCGCUCGCCGCCGCCCACGCCGCAAACGCGACCUAUUUCGCCGCCGCGCCCCAGAGUGCCAAGACGAUGGUGUACACGCUCGUCUAUCCGCUCGCGCUGUCGGUCGGGCUCAGCGCGUGGGUCGCGUGGGGCACGGUGCGCGCGACGGAGCGCUGGAGGCAGCGCAUCAAGGAUGAGGUGUAUUUGAUCGGGGAGCGGUUGCAUAACUUGGGGGAGAAGCGGGCGGGGUCGGGGAUCGUGACGGCCCCGGCGGCUGCUGGUGUCGAGGCGUGA